AUGAACACUGCAAAAACUUACACUAGACUUUGCACCUUACGUUUGUUCGCUAAACCCUCCUUCUCUCUUGUUUCCAAAUGUAGUAGCAGUAUUAGUAGUAGUCUACAUGGAUUAAACUCCUUGUCACUUCAAACCAAACACUAUCUUCAACCACGGUCUCGCUUGAACCAUGCUGUAUCAUCAACAGCACACCGUGGUCAUCUAAUGGUGCAGGACGAUCUCCAUGCUUUCUUACAGAUUCUUCCUUUUGAUUUGCGUGAAGUUCUACAAGAUGAUCCCAAGAGAGAUCAACUCUUAGAGGUUAUAUUGGACUUGGGUCGCUUGCCAGAGGCACGCUAUCUUGGUGAAUAUGGCGGGAAGUACUUAAGGAGUACUGAGAUAUCAUUGAAAGAGUUGGAAUAUGCUCAAAAUGCUGUUGGAGAAUUUGGAGGUGAUAAUAGAGCUGGGAUUGAGGGUACCUUACAUCGAAUAUCUGCAAUACGGAGUAGGAAAGGAGUGAUAGUUGGUUUGACUUGCCGAGUUGGCAGGGCUGUAAGUGGUCACAUUGACAUGGUCCAUGAUCUGCUUCCUUUUGGGCAGAGCAUUCUGUUUGUUGGAAGGCCUGGGGUCGGCAAGACUACUGUUAUGCGAGAGAUUGCACGUGUCUUGUCAGAUGAAUUUCUCAAAAGAGUGGUGGUUGUUGAUACUAGCAACGAAAUAGGAGGGGAUGGAAAUAUUCCACAUGCAGCAAUAGGAAAUGCAAGAAGAAUGCAGGUUCCAGAUCCAUCUCUGCAACACAGGGUCAUGAUUGAGGCGGUAGAAAAUCACAUGCCUGAGGUGAUUGUUGUUGAUGAGAUUGGCACAGAAGCUGAAGUUCUUGCUUGUCGUUCAAUUGCUGAGAGAGGCAUCAUGCUUAUUGGUACUGCUCAUGGAGAACGACUCAAAAAUAUAAUAAAGAACCCGACUCUCUCUGACCUGCUGCCAUUGUCUGCCUUUCUCUUGCAUAUGACACUUCACAGUAAUGAGGAUGGUAAUUCUAAUGGGAAAUUGUUUGUCAGGGUUAUAAAGAUUGGAGGCCUGGAAACUGUUACUUUAGGAGAUGAGGAAGCACGUGCUCGGAGGAGUCAGAAAAGCGUUCUUGAGAGAAAAGGUGCACCGACAUUUGAUUUCUUGAUCGAAAUGAGAGAGAGACAUCAUUGGGUUGCACAUCGGACAGUAUCACAAUUCAAAGAACUUUUCCUGUUCUGCUCUGAACCAAUCAUGAAACCCAAGAUGGAACAUUCUAGAAUGAAUUAUGAAUACAUCAGCUCAACCUUAGGAAACAAGAUUGAGUUGUGUAACCCACAGCAUAGGGAAGUGGGUGUCCCAUGGUCCAUUACUGUGCUGGAGCAUAACGGGCUGGAGCUGGAAGUUUCUGAACUUUACAUCCUUUAUGCUGGUGUUGGUUGUCUUUGGGACGGGCUGAAGCUGGAUUUCUCAACUUUCUCCUUUUAUGCUGGUGUUGGACUGCUGACGGAGAAGAGUGUGGAUAUGUUGCUCCGUGGGAAAAGCCCAUUAGUUGAGCCUUCAAGCUAUGAAGAGAAACUUUCAAGUUGGGAAGUGCAGUUUGUGUUUAAUUUCGAGACCGUUAAAUAUGGAGGGAGUUCCUCUUUGCUAUAUGAGGCAACUAUUAAAAGAAAUGCCGGCCACUUAAGUGCUCUCUUAACCUUGAUUUCUCCAUCCUUUUGUCUUCAAGUUCGUUCUCUAUGUGCACCAGUAGACCAAAUUACUUCUUGCUUAACUAAACAUGGCAUAAACAAUUUCACUACAUUUCCUAGCACACAAAAUGAUGACAACUCAACAACUUACUAUAAGCUUCUUGAUUUUUCCAUUCAAAAUCUUCGCUUCACAGAGCCAACGAUUGCCAAGCCGUUAGCCAUUAUCCUGCCUGAGAGUGUAGAUGAGAUAGUUCAGAGUGUAAUGUGUUCUAGGGAAGGAUUGUUAGAAAUAAGGGUGCUGGUCUGCCUGAGACAAAAACUAGAGGAAUAUCGGCCACAUUUAAAGGGUUUUAUCUAG